AUGGUGCGAAUCGGCCCCGGAGUCUCCAACAAUGUCUUCCUGGGCGCCGUCUGGGCCACGGCAGCCCUGGCAUUCGCCUUUCUCCUGGUGCGACUGUAUUCGCGCUUCCGGGGCCCCCGCCGUCUCUACUGGGACGACUUGUUCGUCAUUGUCGCCUUUGCCCUGGCCUUGGUGACGGCCGCGCUCUGGCAAUGGGUCGCCCCGGACAUGUACUACCUGCUCAACGUCGCGGCCGGCUUCGCGCCGCCCACGCCCGAUGUCUUUGACCGGCAGAGGGUGUGGCUGAGGGUCUCCCUCGUCGUCGAGCUCUUCUUCUAUACGUCCCUGACGGCCGUCAAGCUCGCCUUUCUAUUCUUCUUUAGGCGGCUCGGUCACAACGUGCCCGGGCAAAAGUACAUGUGGUGGCCCAUCUUCCUCUUUACGCUGGCCAUCUGGGUGGCUUCGAUGGGCAACGUCCAGUACCGCUGCCUGGUCGGCCCCGUCGAGGAUCUCAACGGCUACUGCGGCGAGCCGUCGGCUAUUGAGUUUACGACGAUAACGCUCAAGGUCAACUGUGCCCUCGACAUUUUUUCCGAUUUUCUAAUUAUGCUGAUACCCAUAACGCUGCUCUGGAACGACCGCAUCCAGUGGGCCAAGAAAUUCGCCUUUAUCGGCCUCUUCUCCCUCUCCGUCGUCACCAUGAUCAUUGCCACGGUGCGCGUGGCCGAUAUCAACUCGACCAAGUGGGACAAUGGCCAAAACGACCCGACUUAUCUCUGGCUCUGGAGUGCCAUCGAGCCGUGCAUCGCCAUUGUCGUCUCUUGCCUGUCUGCCUUCCCCCAGCUCUUCGCCCAGUCGGCCCGCUCCGCGAACCCGGUCUUCAAGCCAACCGAUACCUACUACCGGCGGUUGAAGGCGAGCAUGCAGCCGAGGCGGAAGCAAACCGAAACCGCUCUGAGCGACCUCUCGGGCCUGACCAAGACGGACGACUUGGACUACGCGCGCGGGCCGGAUCUCGAGGGGGCGUCGCACGAGAGCCAGCGCCCCGUCCUCGUGCCCGGGUCGCCCAAGCCGGCGGCCGUCUGCUACAGUCGACCGGCUGGCAGGGGGGAUGUGGGGCACGGGGACGGCAUCAAGCAGGAGCUCGAGUAUAGCGUCACGAAGCAGCCGGCCUGA